UCAGUACAACAAACAAGUCAAUGCUUGGAUAUAACUAAUGCCGAGCUGCUCAGUGGAAUAUAACCGAUGUGCGUCUACCAUAGCGGAUAUCAUUUUACUUAGUAAUCCAUAGGCUAUUUCGUCAGCAAAUAGUUCAAUCAUUUGCAUUUGAUGAACGUGGGAAUUGAAACCCGUUCGGCAUCAGAUGAAUUCAGCUCUUAAGUCAGUUAACACAAGCAAAUGCAAUGUGGAAAGUUCUUGCACUCACUUUUGUAUUGAUAGCGUCUAUUAUACAAUCUACAGUAUUUGUGAUCUGUGAUAAUUUUAGCAACGAUAGACUCGUUUUUGCACAUGUGAUCUUCCGACACGGCAACAGAACCCCCUUAGCAACGUAUCCCUCCGACCCAUGGAAGGAUAAAAGCCACUGGUCACACGGUUGGGGACAACUGACCAACGUUGGAAAAAGAACUCAAUUUCAUUUGGGUCAAUGGUUGCGAAAUCGCUAUAACGAUCUGAUAAGCGAAACCUAUUCAGAGGAUGAAAUCUACGUACAAGCCACUGAAGUCGAUCGUGUCCUAAUGAGUGCCCUGUCGAACCUCGCUGGUCUGUAUCCACCGAGAGACAAGGAUCUGUGGCUUUCAAACAUCCACUGGCAACCAAUUCCGGUACAUCAAGUUUCAAAACCGAUGGACCAUAUUAUAGCUGGUACGAGAAACUGUCCUAAGUUCCAUCAUUUACUGCAGAAAUACAUGCAAUCAGAUGUGUAUCGGACGUAUUAUAAAUCGAUUGAACCGAUCCUUAAUUAUACUUCACUGCAUUCGCAAAAGCAAAUCGACUCAGUAGAAUCCAUUUAUGAUUUGUACAGUUGCCUUGAUGUAGAAUAUGAAAAUGGGCUCAAAUUACCACCAUGGACCAGUAGUGUUUAUCCUGAACCCUUAAGAUCCAUAUCGGGGGAGAUGUUUAGAUUGCACACCAACACAACGGAAAUGGCCCGACUCAAAGCAGGCCCAAUGAUCAAGGACAUCCUAACACGAUUCCAAAAGAAGGCUGACAAAACCCUUAUUCCCAACAGAAGCCUUUGGAUAUACAGUGGGCAUGAUACCAGCGUUGUUAAUCUGUUGAACGGCUUAGGUUUGUUCACACCUCACAACCCACCAUUUGCCGCUUGCGUCCUGGUCGAACUAAGGAAGCCAUCAAGUGAUUCGCCUUAUGUUUCCGUUUACUACAAAGACAGCAGCGAAGACCCGGAAGCACUUAAUAUAUCAAACUGUGGCCCACGUUGUCCGUUAGAAAAAAUGUUCGAACUCUAUCAGGACAUUAUUCCCGAAGAUUGGGAGCGAGAAUGUGAAACCUAAACUCUUCAGGUUUUCUUUUACGUUCUAAAAAAAUGGAACACAACUAUUUCAGAAUCAAAUGAGCACUUAAACAUCUUAAUUUGUACUAAUAGGUAAUAAAUGCAUUGCAAAAAUAA